AUGGCUGCGCAACCCAAGCCUGAUGUAGAGCAACAAAAAUCUACAACAACUGAGGACAAAAAUGAUGAAAUGGAUCCACUAUCAAUGAUUCAGCAAAUGAUGGAACGAUUGCCAGGUUUACUCGAGAGCACGCAGCCCAAAGAACUGUCAGUAGAGCCCCCUGUAUUAAACUCAUUUAAUCUUGCCAGCGCUGCCGAAUAUAUGGCUAAUUGUUCGAAUAUUAUCAUCAUGUGUGGUGCCGGCAUUUCUACCAGUGCUGGCAUACCUGAUUUUCGUUCACCCGGUACUGGACUGUAUUCUCGAUUGGAGCACUACAAUUUACCAUUUCCUGAAGCAAUCUUUGAAUUGAAUUAUUUUCGAGAAAAUCCAAAACCAUUUUUUCUAUUAGCAAAAGAACUUUAUCCAAAAAAUUUUAUGCCAACACCGACUCAUUAUUUUAUUAGAUUGAUGAACGAAAAGGCCAAAUUACUACGUGUUUACACCCAGAAUAUCGAUUCCUUGGAACGCAUUGCUGGUAUUCCAACGGAGACGAUCGUCGAAGCACAUGGAACAUUUUUCACGGCGCACUGUUUGGAAUGUCGUAAGGAAUACUCAUUGGAAUAUGUUCGAGAGAUUAUUUUCAAAGAUGAAAUACCCUAUUGUGAUGCAUGCAAGAACCUUAUUAAGCCAGACAUUGUGUUUUUUGGCGAAAGUUUACCAACACGAUUUUCCGAAUGUGCUGAAAUUGAUUUUCCGAAAGCCGAUUUUUUAAUUAUCAUAGGUACUUCUCUUGCAGUUGCGCCAUUUAAUGGACUCAUUUCUCGUGUUAAUAAAAAUUGUCCUCGACUCUUGAUCAAUAUGGAGGAAGUCGGUCAAGUAAACCCAUUUUGGAACCCGUUUGGCAGCGCACUAAUGUUCAACUCACCGACAAAUCGUCGCGAUGUAUUUCAUAAAAGUAGCUGUGAUGAAGGAGUAGUCGAAUUAGCCAAAUUACUCGGCUGGGAACGCGAUUUUAAAAAAUUCCUAAAAAUAGAAAGUGGAUCGAAUCAACAAAAAGCCACUUCGUCUAAAAACAAUAAUUCGUUAUCUUCGGUAGGAGCUUCUACGAAUGCGAAUAGGAGUUCUCCAUCUACAAUAUCCGACAAUACGAUUACAACGACUCACGCACCACCAAAAAAGGCAAUUGCGGCUUCCUCAAAUAGACAUUCUUCACCUUCAAAGACAAGCAGCAGAGUGACCACUACAAAUGUCUCACCAACAAAAGCAGGUGCUUCUUCUAUGAGAAAGGAUUCUUCACCUUCAAAGCCGACUAGUACGACUACGAGAAAAAGUGCUUCAAUAGCGAAAGAAACAAAUAGUACCGAAGCAAAUAAAUCUUUGGCGAGAACAACAGCAGCUGUCAAGAAGCCAUGA